AUGGGUACAUGCUGCACCUUGUCUUCUGCUGCAAAGGAUAAGGAUGAUGGAUCAUCUAUUGACUUGGACCUAAAUUUUCAGUUCAGUCUGUGUAAUGAAGGCACAUCAAAAUUGGACACGAAUGCUUGUAAUGCUAGGAGAGCUUUGGAGAAGCAGCCUGUGAUGGACCUUAAGUUAUCUUUGACAGUCGGACCUUCUGAAUCUGUUGUUACUGAUGUGGACCUUAAUAUGGCCACCCAAGAUCACACAGUAUUGCUACAAUCAUGCAAUGCGGCUUCAGUGCCAUCUGUUGAUGAAGGAUCAACAUCUGCUCGCUGGAAAUCUGGUGGUAAGCUACUUCCUUACCUGUUACCAGUUGGUUCCAAUCAAUUCCACAGUCCUAUUCCACUGCCACCGACGAUACAACUGCCAAAAAGUCCAGUAGCUUGUUCUUCAGGAGUUGUUGGCCCACAACAGCGCUGUAGUAGCACAAAAACUUGUUCAGAACCAGGAUGCUUUAAAGGUGCUCGCGGUUCAUCCGGGCGCUGCAUUGCACAUGGCGGUGGUAGAAGGUGCCAGAGAGAGGGUUGCAAGAGAGGGGCUGAGGGAAAAACUAUCUUCUGUAAAGCUCAUGGAGGAGGUAGGCGCUGUGAGCAUCUUGGAUGCACAAAGAGUGCCGAGGGUCGCACUGAUUUCUGCAUAGCUCAUGGAGGUGGCCGCCGCUGCAGCAAUGAAGGGUGCAAAAAGGCAGCAAGAGGAAAAUCUGGCCUUUGUAUUAAACAUGGUGGGGGAAAGAGAUGCCAAAAAGAGAACUGCACAAAGAGUGCGGAGGGACAGUCUGGCUUUUGCAUUGCUCAUGGUGGUGGGAGGCGCUGCAAACAUGAAGGUUGCACAAAAGGUGCUCAGGGCAGCACUAGUUUCUGCAAAUCCCAUGGUGGUGGUAAGAGAUGCACAUAUCCAAAUUGCAGCAAGGGUGCUGAGGGCAGUACACUCUUCUGCAAGGGCCAUGGAGGAGGGAAACGCUGUGCAGCUGAAGGCUGCCCAAAGAGUGUCCACGGUGGCACCGAGUUCUGUGUUGCCCAUGGAGGCGGAAAGCGAUGUGUGGUACCAGGAUGCACUAAGAGUGCUAGAGGACGAACAGACUGCUGUGUUCGUCAUGGUGGGGGCAAAAGAUGUCAAUUUGCAGGCUGCAGCAAGAGUGCACAGGGGAGCACUGAUUUUUGCAAGGCUCAUGGGGGAGGCAAGCGUUGCUUAUGGGGCCAACUAGGAUCUGACCUUGGUGCAGGCAGUUCUCCUUGUGAGCGCUUUUCAAGGGGUAGGAAUGGACUGUGUGUCGCACAUAAUGCUCUGGUCGAAGACAGCCGGGUACGUGGCGGCGAGACACUUGGUGCUAUGGGUUCAUCAGGAUCUGUUAUGAACAGCACUGGAACCAUGGAGAGUGGGGCAUUCAACUCUUCCAAUUUUGGUGAAGGUACCAGCAAUGUUGUGCAUCCUGCUGAGGCUCUUGGUCACACACUAAUCUCUGCUCCAGAGGGGAGGGUACGUGGCGGUAAUAUUAUGGUUAUGAUUUCUACUGCCAUGAAUAUUGGAAAGCAAUUAAGCUGCAAUGUGGAUGCAAGCACUUCUACUGGCAAUUGGCUGUAG